UCACACACUCGGUUACUGGUCAAUCGUCAUGCGGGAUGCCACUGGCUGGCAUCGUCGGGCGACAGGGCACUCUUCACCUCCAACACUGAGCGCCAGUCAGGCGACGGAUACCUUAAACGCACACAGACAGACAGACAAUCGGUGUCUCCGACUACAGAUUGCUUCCAACCCACCACGUGUCUUUGGUGUCCGUGUUGACACGCGGCGAUGGCGGGUGGUGCCCUUUCCGCUUCCCCUUCUGCGGCGAGCCAGACUUGUCCAGGUUGAGCGAUUUCAGGCUCAUCAGUAGCUUGGCUGUCGACGGGCGGCUGCUCUUACACACACCACUCAACGCAGGAACCGUAUGAGACCGCCGCAUUCCAUUGGUCCUCCCAGCCUUCAACAACCGCAAUGUCGGCUGGCCGGGGAAGAAUGGCGACACAUAAUUGGCCGUGUCAGCAGGGGCGCUGUGUGGUGCGGGCGGUAGGUGUGGGCUGGGGGGUGUGGGCAAGAGGCGGUUCGCAGGUGAGAUGGGCGGAGACAGGAUGUGGCUUGCGAUGGCUGGUGGCUUGGCAACGGGUGACUGUGCGAGUGGUGUGUCGGAUGGGCCGAGGAGAGCGGAGAUGAGAUUGGGGCGUGCGUUGCGGGUCUUGCUCGCCGCCCUGCGAUUUGCGGUCAUGUCCACCUGGACGCAAAAGAGGGAGUGAGUCGAAUGAAUGACCAUUGACUUCUGUCUGAUCAAUGAAUGAGUCUUACGAGUGAUCCGGUCCGUCUGAUACCCUGCUUGACCUUGACAGCGCUAGUGUAUCCCCCUCCAAGGCUGCCCGACCGCUUCACCGGCUGCUUGUCGCCACUCAUUUCCUUGCCUUUCUCCUUUUCCCUCUCCCUCUCCCUCUCCCUCUCCAGAGGCGGCAGAUACUUGGCCUUCUUGUUCCGGUCAGCCUAAUGGGUGGGCACACAGCAGCCAGCAUCAUCAUAGCUGUCUGUCAUCGAGUGACGUGACCACGUCUCACCAUGUCUCGUACAUCGUCGAAUACGAAAAGAGUGACGUGUCUCAUCAGCCGCGUCUUGAUAGGUGACGGGGGCGCCGUGGAAUGGCUGGGCAGCGACAGGCCGGGCGUGUUGUGUCGCGCGUCCUCGAUCUCGCGGAUCAACCGGCGCAUCUUCUUCUCGUGCACAUUGCGGUGCCGCAAUUUCCCUGUAAUGGCUUUAGGGCUGUCCUCUGCAUCGUUGAUCAUGAGCAAAUCCUCUGCCGACGAGAGAGAGGAGCUGCUGAGCCCAUGAGGUGCGAGUCGGCUGACAUCCGGCAAAUCAACACUUCUCUCUCGUUUGAGCGGCAUGAAGGUCCAGGGCGCCUUUCUCCCGCCCUGUCUGUGUGGAGGUGUGUCCUCCUCGCCAAAUGGGUCCUCACACCAAGUGCCCUCGUCGCCGGUCAGCUCCUGCCCAUGCGGGCUUUCACGCAGUCUGUCGGGUCGCUUCCGAUGUCUCCUGUUCUUUUGUCGCUGCCGCUUGGGGAACCCAUAGCACGCGGGGGAAUCGCUGUCGCUGGACAGCGCAUCCAUGAUGGCGGCCUGUGUCAGAGCGUCGCGAGGGACGAAGGUGGGCGGCUGCGAGGGCUUUCUCACCGACAGGUGGCGGCGCCUCGAUCUCCGUGGUGUGGGCGGGGCCUUGACGUCUGGCAGGACGAUGUGGGUGGCCUUUGUGAGGACGGACCACUGGCGCGGCUGGGCUCUGCUUCGAGACGAAGACCGUCUGAGCCUCGUCUCACUUGGUAUGCCUCUCAAAGCCUCUAAUGGGGAGCCAUUGAGCUGCAGAAAGAGGGAGAAUUAAGCAGACGCCGUGUCGUGACGGAUCUUCCCUUCCUUCGUGCCCCGACCUGUAGUCCAUUUGGUCCGUCACUGUACUGCUUCCUGGGGGCGACUUCUGGCGAUUCCGUCGGUGAGUGGUCCGGUGUGGGCAGCUUGCGAUACGGCCGCUUGGGCGACCUCCGGACUGUUGGUUCUUCCAUUGGCUCAUAGUAGCCGCUUUCCGCCAGACAUGCUGUCAUGAAGUUCCACGCCUCCGACGCCCCCUUGAGCGUCUCCUUCUCUGCUUCCACCCCAGCGGCUGCUCUCUCCUCUUUCGCCGGCUGGGGAACAUGAGCAGGGAAGCCGUGAUUGUGGUGGUGGGGACGCGGCUGCAGGGUCUCUAACAGUGUGUGUUUGCCUGAGGGCACUGCCCUGAGGAGUGAGGGGCUUGGAGCCAAAGGCCCGUUGAGGCCGAACACGCCCUUCCCGCCGCCAUUUGUCGACCCCCAUCUGCUGACAAUUGGCGAGCCGUCCUUGUGCGGCUCCCUGUUGAUCGGUGGGAGAUGGUGUCUGUGGGCGUGGCUGACAGGUGGCGAGGGGCUGUUCCGUACUCUUCCAGAGGGGGCGAUGUGGCCUGCCACUCUCGCAGGCACCCGCUUGGCAGUGACGGGAGGGUCAAGGGGAGGGGAGAGGUCGAUGGGCCGCAAAUCGCAAUGCCGCUUCUCAGCGCUUCGAACUGACAUUGAGGGAGUCUCGUGAGAUGAGGGGGAUGAGUCAGAAACGCCGAACACUCC